CGACCAUCUCCUCCUUCCCUUCCACAAUCUCAAUGCGAAAAUGGGCUCAAUAUCACCCCUAACCUACACUCUAGACACAGAAACGAGAGUAAACUGGUCCACAGCACAAGAGAAAUCUAUCUCAACCGAGUACCCAUUCGAACUGGACCAAGAAUCGGCAGAACAAUUCGUGUAUCGGACGUACCUCAAUUUCUUAUGGUUGCCUCAGUCAAUAAUGCAACUGGCGCUCCUCAUCCCCUCACUCCGACGCGUCCAAGCACCUUCAACAUCUCAAGUACACCCCCUCCACUCUCUCCUCGACACCCUCCUCUCCACGUCGGCUCUCGUAACCAAGAAAUACCACACCGAACUCCCACAGAUCCUAGAUAACGGAGGCGGAGCAGGCGAGAUGGAGGAAACGAUGAUGUGGUACGCCGUCACGCACGAAAUGGGCGGUGGUGAAACAGAGACGGAAGACGAGUUGUGGAUGGACGCCAAGUGGCGGGCGAACUGGUUGAACAGGAUGGAGCGGCGUGAAGUCCAAAUCCAAAUCCUUUUAUAUUGUUUGAAACUCUCGCUCCCAGGCCCCCAACCAAAACCCCGCCGCAAAAGCAAACGCAAGCGCUCAGAAUCGGAAGAACCACAGCUCGAAGACCACCUCGAAGCUUUUGCGGAUAAACUCUCCACAUGGCAGCUCCUCGCCAAACUGGACGACGUGAAAGGCGGCGAGUCCAAUGCGGAUAACGAGCGAGACUGGAUGCAGGUGUUUUGUGAGGAUGUUGUUGAACCCGAAUUCAAGUCGACCCUCCCCGAAAUCUGCGCCAUGCUCCGCUCCAAAGUCUUCCCCUACUCCCCAUUCUCAGAUACAGAUUCCGACACGUCCACAGCACGUGCUUCCUCUCCCGACGUCGAAUCCCAAUCCCAAACACGCGCCUCCUCCCGUGCACCGUCGAUGUCCCGCGCACCCUCCAUGUCGCGUCAAGCCAGCGCACGCGAACUCGCCCGCGCACGAUCGCGUUCUCUCUCCGUUUCGCUCGCACAAGAAAGCCAGGAACGAGCGGCGAGUGUGGGCGUGGGUACGACUGGAGGACCCAAACGCCGCGCUGUGAUUAGGGAAAUUAGUAUGUCGCGAGCGUUUAAGCCUAAGGUUAAGCCACCUCCUGCCCCUGGAGGUGUCGGUUCGCAGUCGCAAUCGCAGAAAGACAAAGACGCGGCUGGUGGAGGCGGGGGAGGUGCUGGGGAUACGAAGAAAGGCAAAGGAAAGGAUAUGGGUGUCACGCUUGUCGAGGAGACGCCUGUCACCGUACGCUCCAAGUCGUUCUCUGUUUCGCAUACGCAGGGUCUGGCGAGGAACCUUUCGACGACGUUCUCGACUGUUAUUUCUUCUUCUUCCUCCGCCUCUGGCUUGACGUCAACGACUACGACUACCGUUGCUGCAGCCUCCGGAUCCACGGCCACAACGACGACUACGACGACUUCGCUAGCGGCAUCGAGAUCCCAAUCGACCUCCAGACCCCUGUUCGGAGUGACGAACCUCCGCCUCUCGAGUGCACGUUCGUUCAACAAUACUCUCACUAAUACACCUAGCAAUGACGUACUCGACGAAAACGACGACGAUGACAACUGGCAAAUCGAAAGUUCACCUGACAUCCUCUUGCUUACGCCUUCAAAAGCGGAAUUUAACAUCAGCGGUCCACCGACUUCGAGUCCCGGGGAUGUAACUAUGGAUCUGGAUAUGGGCUUGGAUGAUAUGGAUAUGGACGGGGAGGAACCUGCUACACCUUGUAAACCUAAACCUGGGAGGGGUCGGGCGAGGCGCCGGUAG